UCCAGGAUUAACCCGUGUGUCCCCGCAGGAGCACGGGAUUCUGGAUCUGAUGGAGGAGUUGACGGAGCGGAUGAAAGGAAGGUCCUUCCCCGGGAAGAUUCUCACUCUCGCUCGAACUCUCUGCGCCGCCUUCCUCGCCUUUUUACUUCGUCUAACGAGAGGAAAGAGGAGCAAGCGAACUCGUUCGAUGCGAACGGAGAGUCUUCGCCGUCGGGCUCAAAAUCUGACCUGCAGCAGCACCCCGCUUCCCCUAAGCCCAUCAGCUCUCCAGCAAUCGUCCGAGCCAGCGCCGCUUCCCCAACUGGAAGUCCCAGUGACUCUCCAGCAGGCAGCCCUGAAAGAAGAAGAAGAGGAUUUGGACGCUUCUCAAGCAAAAGACAGCGCUCUCGGAAGUGAGGACAACCACUCGGACGCGCCCGACAGCGACCACGCCUUCUCGCCCAUCGAGGAAUCCGAAGAGCACGACAGCGAAGCCAAGACGCCGCCGGAGACCCGGACCCUGGCAGGAUUUGAGUCCGGCCUCUCGGAGGGCGCGAGGACGCCCGCCGCCGUCGAGGCCCAGAAGCCUGCUAGGCAAAGGACACCCAAUAAAGGCGGCUCUAAGAAAAAGGUUACGAUCCAGUAGAUUGACUGUGGAUGCUGCUUCAAAGAAGGCUGUGGACUAUGUAAAGAAGUAUAUGCUUGUGUAGUAUUAGUAUUUCGUUACUUAGUAUUUUGUGUUACCAAGAGUAUUCGCUGAUGAUGAAUGUUAAUUGUUGUGCGUGUAUGUAUGUUUCCAAGACUCUCCUUACCCGUUCGUGAGCCAGGCCGCUCAAUCCAAAACUACGACUACAAGAAAGUAAUACGCAGGGGUCCCAAUCUGGGGCCAUGGUUCCCAGGGAGGCCAUGGGGUAUUUUCUGGGGGCCAUAAAGCAAUAUUAAAGUUUUGACGUCAAAAACUGAAUUUGAUCAUACCUACAGUACUUGCAUAUAAUUAUUUCACAUAUCAAUUCUUGUCCUAUAGCUAUUGGCACCAUUACAUAUUCCAUAACUAGUAAUAA